CCCUCCCCCCUCCUUCCUCCGGGUGCGUGAGCGCGGGAGCGGCGGCUGGGCCACUGGCGGGGUCUGCAGAUUUGCUCCUGAGCUUCCAUAAAAAUGUCCAAGCAACAGCCUGCUCAGUUUACCAAUCCAGAAACCCCCGGUUAUGUUGGAUUUGCAAACCUUCCCAAUCAGGUCCAUCGGAAGUCUGUGAAAAAGGGGUUUGAAUUCACUCUUAUGGUGGUUGGUGAAUCCGGACUGGGAAAAUCUACAUUAAUAAACAGCCUCUUCUUGACAGACCUCUACCCAGAACGGAUAAUCCCAGGAGCUGCAGAGAAGAUUGAACGCACUGUGCAGAUUGAAGCCUCAACGGUUGAAAUAGAAGAAAGGGGUGUGAAACUACGUCUGACAGUUGUAGAUACACCUGGAUAUGGGGAUGCUAUCAAUUGCAGAGAUUGUUUUAAGACCAUAAUCUCCUACAUCGAUGAGCAGUUUGAGCGCUACCUGCACGAUGAGAGUGGUUUGAACAGAAGGCAUAUCAUAGACAACCGUGUUCAUUGCUGCUUCUAUUUCAUUUCACCGUUUGGUCACGGUCUUAAGCCUUUGGAUGUUGAAUUUAUGAAGGCAAUACACAACAAAGUAAACAUUGUACCAGUAAUUGCAAAAGCUGACACACUUUCCCUGAAGGAGCGAGAAAGACUAAAGAAAAGGAUCCUGGAUGAAAUUGAAGAGCAUGGCAUCAAGAUUUAUCACCUGCCCGAUGCUGAAUCUGAUGAGGAUGAAGAUUUUAAAGAGCAGACCAGACUUCUGAAGGCCAGCAUUCCAUUUUGUGUAGUGGGAUCCAAUCAACUCAUUGAAGCCAAAGGUAAAAAGGUUCGAGGUCGGCUGUACCCAUGGGGUGUCGUUGAAGUGGAGAAUCCAGAACAUAAUGAUUUCCUCAAAUUGAGGACCAUGUUAAUCACCCAUAUGCAAGAUCUUCAGGAGGUGACCCAAGAUCUUCACUAUGAGAACUUCCGUUCUGAACGGCUCAAACGAGGCGGCAGGAAAAUAGAAGAUGAAGAAGUGAAUAAAGACCAGAUUCUGCUUGAAAAGGAAGCUGAACUUCGUCGCAUGCAGGAGAUGAUUGCGAGAAUGCAGGCACAGAUGCAGAUGCAAAUGCAAGGUGGAGAAGGGGAAAGCAGUGCAGUUCAAGGACACAAUGUAUAAAGCUUUUGAUCACGUUAUACCCUGGCUUAAAGGAGUCAUUCUGGAGUUGAAUUGUGGUGGCAUUAUGCCAGAAGGAAUGCCUUGUGUUCAACAUGUGACUUGGAGAUUAUUUUGGAGUUUAGCAUGGAAAUGCAUUGUGGUAACUCUUGUGAUAUGUAUUUCAUAACACAUAGUCAGUAUUUUAUAUAUUAUACACCUUUGACAUUGUUUUUGCUUAGUAGUUCUUAUAUUAAGCUUAUCUUCAGUUUCCCAUUGUAAUAGGGAUACAAAAUAGUCAUCAAAACUUUUCUUGCCUGACAUGGUGUUAGAUGACUUUCUUUAAUAUUAACUCCCUGUUUUUAAUUUUGUGUUAUGUUUAAGAUUAAGCAGCUGUUAGUGGUAUCCUGUUCAGUAGUGUCUAAUAGUCACUAAUUAGGGAGCCCUGCAAGGUUAGUUUUAAAUUUCUGCAGUGUUUUCAGGUGUGUGUCUGUGAGACCUUAGCCCUUCCUCUGUCUCUGCUCAGUGCAGAUUUCCUUGGUCUCUGCAAGUAUCUAAUUACACUCCAGGCAUGCCUUGUGUUCUUAAUGAAAGAACUAAAAGGCAGCACUUCUUUAAGGGCACACUCCAUUUUAUAUGGCAGGCGUUGUGUCCUUCAGAUUUAACCCUGAAGGAUAGAUAUUCUUUUAUUGUUUGCCUAAAAUCUCUUCUAUAUUGCAGAUAAUUUUUAAGAGUUUCCUGUAGGUCAGCACGAAUCAGUCCUGCUGUUUUCUGGCAUUGCUGUAGCCACAUAAGAUUAAAUAUUGAUAUAUUAAAUGAGAUAAGCCCCAAAGAGUAUUCUGAGUUUUCUAUGCAUGGGUGUUUCCAUAUCCAAAUACUUAUGAAUUCUGUAAUUACUGAAGAGUAUUUUCAUACUAUUUUUUGGGCAUUGCAAACUGUCAAUUGUAAUAUAAAACAUACUACACACAACUGCACAAUUCUUUCUUCAAAGUGAUCUGUGCCUGACAGGAUCAGUGCAAACUGUAUUUUAAGGUUCUGCUCCAAGAUGGAGUAAACAGUAUUACUUCUGAGGUGGCUCCAAUAUGCUAUGCUUUUCUUUAAUUGCUAUUUUUAAAGGCCAAAAUCACUUUCCUUAACGCUGUCAGGAAAGGGAACUGUUUUUGAGCUUGGCUGCAUAUCAUGGCAGGUAUUGUUUGCAGUCCAUAGUAACAGUUGUAGCAGCUGCACAUGUGGUGGCUGAUAAAGAUAAGCAGCCGUGUGCUGUGCUUGGCUUCUUGAGUACUUCUGAUAAAGCCACCAAUCAGGUUUACUAAUGUGAACAGUUGUUAUCUGAGCAGCUAACAAGUAAAUAAAACUCCAGCUUUUUCUCUUCUGAGCUCAGGUGUAGCAAUGAUUUUUAUAGUUUUUAAACUUUUCUUUGGAAAAAAAGUGGUAAGAUUUUUACAGCUACUGUAUAAUUUCAGUGGUACUUAAAUAGCAGACUGAUAUUUAAUCUAGCCAAGCAGCUGAAAUUUCUGCCUGCCUGAAACUGCUGUUUAUGAAUUGUUUUAUAUUUGAAUCUUUCUAAAAAUGUGAAAAAAUGUGUAAAAUCUUCCAUCAUUGCCUUUUCUAGGGAGCUCCAGUUUGCUUUGCAAAAGUAAUUAUUCUCAAUUUUCCAUGACUCAUGCAGUCUUCACCUCUGAAGUGAAAAUGAUAACCUUUUAUAUAUUUAGAUGCACAGAAGCACAAAGUCCCAUUUUUGUCAAAUAAGUUUGUAUAGAACUUGAAUGGAAAAGCACACACUCCUAAGUUCUUGUCUGGCCUUUUCUAAACAGCAUGCAGAAAUGAGGUGGCACCUUACUUGUGUUGCCAGAAACAACAAAAAACAAUCCACAGCACCUUAUUUCUGAAUCUUUUGCUAUGUUUUUGUGAAUCAGUUGUCAGGCUGAAGGGGGCUCUGAGCAACAUAUCUAGCUGUAGAAAUCCCUGUUCUUUGCAGGGCACGUGGUCUGAUGGUCCUUAAAGGUCCCUUCCAGCUUGAAUUAUUCUAUGACUCUUCAUAUUCCAGAAGAACUUAUGCACUUCUAUCACUAAAUAGUUUGUGAACUCCCAUCCUGUUCUUCAAUUGCCACAAAUGUGCUUUGUUCUGAUUCUGCAGCAUUUGCCUAAUUUUAAGCUAUCAGUCUAGUAUCUCUGUUAAAUGCUCUGAGCAAAAUAUGCUUCAGGUACUGUCCACUUUGCCAAGGAGAGCAAACUCUGUGAAGUUGCUGUUUUCACAUAUAAGCUUAGUAGGGUAAGAUAAUCUGCAAUAGCAAUAUGAACCAGUACUUGAACUGUGAAACCUCAAGUGUAUCCAAACCAGACCCUGGUUAUACAUGUAAUUGUGUGUGUAUGUGUGUUGGUUUUAUUUUGCCUUUGUUUUUUUAUCAUGGGAACAGAUUGUCUGUGCUUUUAGUGCUGUUUGGUCACUACCUGUGGAAUUACUUCAGGCUAUGUCUUAUUCUUUGAAAUAACACGUAUCUAUUGAGAUAUUUCAUCAGGAUAAAGCAUUGUGGAUGAUUCUUAGGCAAUAAAUAUUUUCAUGUAUAUUUUCUUCAUUGGAAAAAUCAAGUUUAUGGUAUUUGUAAUUAGCUGUCUUUCAGUUAAAAUGGCUUCCCAAGUCUCUGGGGGUGAUCUGAUCUGGCAGUGUGCCUGAUGUCACAGAAGGUCUCUUUCUCCUUCACGUUUCUUGUGAUGGCCUUGCAGUCAGGGGAUGUGUGGUGAGACAUAAGUGAGACCACCAUCCUCAGACUGAAGUUUGUCCAAAAAAAAAAAAAAUUGUUCAGCUACUGUAGAAAAUUUCGGGGACAAAAGGUUGAUAUUUGUUUGGCUCAACUGGCCACAAUUUGUUUUCUGGUACUGCAUUGUUGGAGUUCCUAUUUUAGGAGUGAAAGUACUUUUGAAUUUGCAGAGCUUUAUAUUUGGUAGCAAAAUGACUUGCUCUUGGUACAGAAGUCUUAUUGUUAUAUUCUGUUGUAUGUACUGUCAUUAGCCAAGGCUAUAAUAAAAAUGCUAAAAUAAAAAA